CGAAGAGAGAAGGGAAAGGAAGGAGAAGAAGUGUAAUACAAGGAAGCAAGCAGGAUAUCAUACGCGAUGGAUGCAAAAGAGGCGGCUUCAGAGGCACCGCCGCCUUCAACGACGACAGAAGCGCUCAGACUCAGCGAGGCCCAGACGCGGGCGCUGUUUGACAUUCUCACGCACCACGAGACGUAUGGCGAGAUUGAGGGCUUCAAGGCGCCGGAUGCGGUGACGGGCUAUGGAUAUCCCUUUGCGAGGACGAUGAAGGUGGCGGCGACGCAGACGCAGUCGCAGUCGGUGGGAGGGACGCCCAAGUCGGGAUCGGGGCCGGGGACGCCGACGAGGUCGAGGACGCCGGUGUCGUCGUUUUGGCUUGGGGGGAGGGGGAAGGGUGCUGUUGCUGCUGAGGAGGAGGAGAAUGGUGAUGAUGGUGGUGAUGAUGAUGGCGAGGUGGAAUCGACGUCGCCGGUGCUGCAGAUGCUGCUGACGAGGCUGGUGCUGCCGUUUCCCGGCGUGAGGGACCUGCCGGGCGAGUUUUGGGAUGUGCGGAUGCAGGGCCUGCUGGCGAGGUUUGCGGAGGCGGAUCUGUCGGAGAGUUUCGACAAGGGGGCCAUGGGGACGAGGAAGACGCUGGCGACGGGGGCGAGCAGCGUGAUGGAGAUGGUGGCGAGGGGGUUGCUGGGGGGAGUUGAUGGAGAUUUGUAUGAAGAGAAGAAGGACAAGGAGAAGAGUUAUGAUGAGGGCAAGGCGGAGGAUCUGGCGAGGGCGUUUGAGGAUGCGUGGCGGGAGUGGGCGUAUGGGGGGCUGGUGGAGGAGGUGUUUGAUCAUGUCAAGGGGACGGAGGACGUAGAGGGCCAUUCGCCGAUGAUGAAGGCUGCGUUGGACUAUGCCAUUAUCCAUUUGGCCACGUUUGCCCACCACAUCUUCAUCCUCUCGCCAGAGGGCCAGUACCUCCUCAAGCUCAUCGAAAACAUCAACAGCCUGAUCCCCUACAAGAUGAUCAAGCAGACGCUGCGCAUUGGCAACGCCGCCACCAUGAUUAGCGGCAUGAUGCGGCUGAUGCUGGCCAAGCUGAGCGUCACGAGCCUGACGAAUUGGGUUGGGUUGACGGCGAACGCUGACGACGGCAUGAAUCUGCUGCAGCGCAUCAUCUCGCUUGUUUUGUCGUGGGACGCGUCGGAGUUUAGGAAGAGCGCGGAAAAGGUUGAAAAGUCAAAGAGCGAUGCGGCGCCGACGGAGGAGAUGCUCGAGGCGAUUCGGGUGUAUGUCUCGCUGCCGAGGAGCGAGCAUGUUGCUGCAAGAGAGGAGAGCGUCAAGAGCGGGAGAUCCAUCAUCGUGACGAUUCUUGAGGCGUCGGAUGGGCGGCUUGCGGCGGGCAUGACGGAUGCUCAGCAUAGGCUGUGUCUGGAGUACUACUCGGCGCUGCUGUCGGUGCAUGACCGCGAGGCGAUUACGGCCGUCUUGUGCCGCACGCCGCCGGAUCUGUUUACGCAGGCGGUCAAGGACGUGGUGGGUGCGUACGAGCCGAUUAUUCGGAGCGUGCAUUCGCGGGUGGAUUUGCGGUUCUACUUGGAGGCGACGCAGGGGUUCAUUACGGAUUUCAUACGGGCGAGCAGGCCGAAGAAGAGGAGCGAGGGUCAAGGGGAUAGGAUGGCGAGCGUGGAGGAUUACGUGGUGCUGUUGAGGAAUAAUCGCGGGCUGCUGUAUCGGUGGAUUCAUGACUUUGCGGAGAAUUGCCCCGAGGUGUGGGAGGAGUUUCGGCGGUGGGCCAAGGAUGUGGCUGUGCGGUUUAGACAGCCUCGUGGUGAUGAAGGGAGGAAGAGUAUGAAGGAGCUGUUGAAUGGGUUGUUUGCUUCUCUUGACGAGGCCACGAGAGAAAAGGUGCUUGAGGCGAUUGAUUCACACGCGCGCUAUCUCGAUUCCGUGACGCGGCUUUCGCAACGGCGCUUGCAGAUGGUUAUCAACGCUACUGCUUCUUCUGCUGCUGCUCAUGGGUCCAUGACGUCUGGGCCGGGCGUCUAUCUCUCGCAGUGGCAGUCCCUGCUCGACACGACGGUCAUUACGCCGGCGUCAAGGGAGGGCCCCCCGCGCCAUGGCGAGGAUGUAAAGUUUGUUACGACGAUGGGCAAGUUGGGGCUGGGGGGGAGGAAGUUGGCGGGGAGUAGGGGGGAUGGUGAGGAGGAGCUGAAGGCGCCGGAUGUGAGUGUUGUGGUGGAGGUGUUGGGGGAGAAGUUUAGGGGGGUUGUGAGGGGGAGGGCGAGGGAGGGUUGAUUUUGGAUAAUAGUAUGGCAUCACAUGGCAGAGAGAGAGAGAUGUUAAAUACUGCGUGUAUUGUGUAAAAGAUAUGUAGGUGGUAAUAAUGUGGCAUGUAUAAUAGCAAGCCCAAAUAUGAAGAUGAAAUGUUAAGGAUGCUCUUGGUAGCGUUCAUACAUGAGAUCUGAGCUCUUAAACAUGAUAACAAUAGCCGCCACUACUUUUUACAAAAAGGGUCAUCCUCCAAUUCAGCACUCAAAACGGGUCCGGAGAGCUGGCCCAUCGGCGAGAUGGAAUCUCAAUGUAGAAGGAAGCCCUUUUGUGGCCUUGAUGCUGCCUUCCACUGGCGGACGCAGGCAUUUCUGCUCCGGCAUCCCCAGCGCUGUAAAUCUCAAUGCGAGUUGUCGUUUGACGAACGGGACUCGAGGCGUCUUGUUCGUUUUGAGAAUUCUCUAGUAACGCUCUUAGCGCAUCGCCAUUCACUUCGUCGUCACGUCUAUCAUCGCUGGAUGGCGGAGUCGGCAAAGCGGCCUCGGCACCAAAGUCUGGCGGUGCUACCUGAGGCGUGGCAGGGAGCGGCUUGUUGAUGUUGGCACGGGCUGCUGCUGCUGCACUGCGUUGGUGGAGUUUCGCGGCGAGUUCCAGGAUGGCGGUUUGGGCGCCUGCAGGGCACUGCUCGAUUUGGCCGACACAAUAUGCCAGGCCGUCGAUGUAAGCGUCUGCUGCAGAGGGCAGUGAUCCUGGUGCGUGUUCGGUGGGAGUGGAGGGGUCGGCGUUGGUUUGGUUGAUGGCGGUGUCACCGUUGCAGCUAUCGCCGGUGAGGUUGAUAAUCUCGGCGGCAGAGCGCUGGUCGCGGGAGAGGUCGAUUAGGUCAAUAGCGCGGACCUCCUCUGUCAUCUCGGUGAUGAUUGUCACGCAGUCGUCCAUGUCAAUGU